UCUCUCUCUCUCACACACACACACACACACACAACAUUGCUGAGAGGGAGAAACAGCUCGCGCAUCAGCUCUCACAAACUCUUUAAACUUUAAAGGUUUAACCCGCGCGCGCGGAGGAGCGGAGCGGAGCACUUGACGCCGCCUGGAUUUAUAUCCCAGUUGAAGCACCUCAGGUUCUUGGAAGCGUUGAGGAAUUUCAUACCCUCAUUGGAAACUUUUGGAAAUAUAACAAUUGGGUCGUCGGCCAUAUUGUGGAAACCCACAGAACUGGAACGUUUGCGUGUUGUGAAUGUUCCAUUCCGAGCGUAUCCUCAUUCCUGGAGCAGUGUAUUGAAGGAAAAAGAAGCAUUUGACAUUUAGUGGCUCGUUGCAUUCUGGGAGAGCCCUGCAGGGAUCAAUAAACGUUUGGGUAAUUAGCUGCCAUUCCUCUGAGAUCCGAUCUUCAGCUGCCUGAGACGUGAACCCCAGAAAGACUCUUAAUGAAUCGGUAUUCGUCCCUCGAUGCCAUGGCGUUCAACCGGCGUCUUUUGUAAUUCUCUCUGAAGGACGGAUCUUCAGGUGUAGUCGAGCGUCGUGGGAGAGUUACAGAGGAAACCUCACACUGCCGAAGAUCCCGGAGUCUAACAUGGCUCUGAGCGUGUUAGGGUUGUUUCUGGGAUUGCUUCUGGAAGUUUCCACACACGGACCCUCCAGCGUUCCCAGAAGCUCGUGGAGGCACGACGAUGUGGAUCUGCUGGAGUUCUGGGAGCCGGAUGUGUUUAACUACACGACUCUCCUGCUGAGCGAGGAGCGCGGCGUGCUGUAUGUCGGCGCUCGAGAGGCCGUCUACGAGCUCAACAUGAGCAACGUGUCAAUCAAGAGCAAGCAGCUGCUGUGGAAGGUUCCAGAGAGCGACGUGUCGAUGUGUAUUUUAAAGGGGAAAUCUAAGGAGACGGACUGUCGAAACUACAUUCGAGUUUUGCAAGUGCUGGAUGAAGACACUCUGUAUGUUUGUGGGACCCACGCGUUUCAACCCCUCUGUGAUUAUCUGUCGCUGCAGGACUUCUGUCUGCAGGACCGAGCGGAGGACGGCCGAGGGAAGUGCUCCUUCGACCCGGCGCAGAGCUUCACCAGUGUGAUGGUUGAUGGUGAGCUGUACUCAGGAACGGCGUAUAACUUCCUGGGCAGCGAGCCGAUCAUCUCCAGAUCUUCUCUGUCUCAGAGUUUACUGCGCACAGAGUAUUCGACGUCCUGGCUCAACGAGCCCAGUUUCGUCUUCGCUGAUGUGAUCCGAGAAGGGCAGGACAGUCCUGAAGGAGACGAUGAUAAGAUCUACUACUUCUUCACCGAGGUGGCGGUGGAGUACGAGUUCUUCGGGAAGCUGCUGAUCCCCAGAAUCGCUCGCGUUUGUAAGGGCGAUCUGGGCGGUCAGCGGACGCUGCAGAAGAAGUGGACGUCGUUUAUGAAGGCUAAGCUGGUCUGCUCAAUGCCGGAGCUCAACUUUGUGUUUAACGUGGUUCAUGACGUGUUUAUUCUGAAAGCGCCGCACUGGAGAGACACCGUCAUUUAUGGGGUCUUCACGUCUCAAUGGGGGAAUGUUGGGCUGUCCGCCGUCUGUGCAUAUAACAUGAGUUCGGUGCAUGAGGUGUUCUCUAAAGGGAAGUACAUGCAGAAGGUCACGGUGGAACAGUCCCACACUAAGUGGGUCCGAUUUAACGGCAUCACCCCGAGUCCCAGACCCGGAGCGUGCAUCAGCAGUCUGAACCGCAGGCAGAACAUCACCUCGUCGCUCCAGCUGCCCGAUAAGACGCUGCAGUUUGUGAAGGACCAUCCUCUGCUGGAGGACCCUGUUCUGCCCAUCGGGAACGGUCCACGCCUCGUCACCAAAGACGUCAACUACACACAGAUCGCUGUCCAGAGAGUGCAGGCCCUCGAUGGCAGCAUCCACCACGUCAUUUUCACUGGCACCGAUAAAGGUUUGCUGCACAAGUCGCUGGUGUUGGAGGGCGAGGUUCACACGGUGGAGGAAAUCCAGCUGCUGAAGAACCCCGAGCCGAUUAAAACACUUCUGCUCUCCUCACAAGUGGCACGGUUCGUGUACGCUGGAUCAGACUCCGGUGUGGUUCAGUCUCCCACAGCGUUCUGUGAGAAGUACCCAUCCUGUGUGGACUGUGUUCUGGCGCGGGACCCGUACUGUGCCUGGGACCCGCUCUCUGCCUCCUGCCUCAAUAUUUUCCAGCAUGAUGCCGAUCCACGGAAGUUGAUUCAGAGCCUGAAAGGGGAUGCUGGGAUAUGCCCUACAGUGGCUCCUCUGGCGGUGAGCGACUAUCAGCAGGUGUUGGUGAAGCCGGGUGCUUCUACGGAUCUGCCGUGUCCGGUGCGCUCAAACCUGGCUCAGGUGUUGUGGAAGCUCAACGGCCGCGUCCUGACCGAAGCCUCACGCUUCCUCCUGCUGAGUGAGAACGGGCUGCUGAUCUACAGCGUGACGCCGGAGGACACCGGCCGCUACGAGUGCUGGUCAGUCGAAGCGUCCGCGGGACAGAACUUCACCCGUCUGGUGAUGGGAUAUAUGCUUCGACUGGAGCUUCCCGAGAGCGUGACGUCCGUAUCUACUCUGCGUCCGUCCAGCACUGCGUCUACGCUCCCACCACAGGAAGGUAAUACCAGUAACGGCUCAGGACUAACACCGACUCAGACGGACGUGCCCUCACUAACAACCCCUCCCAGCAACGCCAUUAAACCCAAACCCUACAUCCCUCCGGAGGUCAGCAACUUACCCACACGCACCGAGACGCUCGACCCCUCGGCUAAAUACAUCCAGCAUGACAACAGCGUGACCCUGCUGUCGCUCUUCCUGCUCUUCUUCCUGCUCUUCCUCGCUGCUCUGGCGUACAACUGUUACAUGCAGUACCUGCCUGCGCCGUGUCUCCGCCUGCGAUCCGCGCUGCUCGGCUCCAGCAAAAAGCCACAGCCGGAGUAUGCAGCCUGCGAGGCCGGCCUGAUGGAGCCAGCGCAGGAAAAGACGGAUCUGGCCAAUCAGAACGGAGCACAUCCGCUGCGUGCGCUCAGAGACACCGGAUACGAGACGGAGCCGGAAUGUGGGAACGGCGGCCUUCCAUCCGGCUGUGACGACAGUCCCUCGAAAGAUCAGCCCUUCGACGUGGACUGUGCGUCGCAGCCGAUCGAGUUCGCAGACGCAGACGUCUGAUACGCUCACAUUCACAGAAUCAACGCAGCUCUGCAAGAACAAACCGCAGAAUUCCAAAUAAGAUUCCAAAUUGGAAACAUUGUUUACCAAAUUGGUAAGUUUCGUGAUGUUUUCCAAAUUGGAGCACUGGACUGUUUUUGAAUAUUUGUGGGGCGUCUGACGUUCAUUUUUUGACUUUUUUGUACUGCAAAAAAGUAUUUCUUAGUCAUGUUCUCUGUUUACAAAUAUCUAAAUAUUCUUAAAUCAACACACAUAUUCUUGAGUCUUGCUUUAUGAAAGAAAAGUUUAAUUAAAGUGUUUGCUUACAGUUGGGGGAAAAAUAAUCUGUCAGUGUUUAAUUUUAGGAAAAUAUAAUUUCUUGUCAUUUUUUUCUUUAGAUUUUUAGGUGAAACACAAUUGUUUUUUUAUUUUAUUAUUAUUAUUUAUUAAAUUUUUUUGCAUUUUGAAAUAAUUUCGUAACAGUAAUAAACAAUAAAAAAAAUCUCAGUUGUUCUUGUUCUUGUUCUGAAAGGUCGAUUUCAAUUUUUUGGCCUUAUUCUUAUU